UUCAUUAAUUAAGUUAAAUUUAUAUAGUACCAUUUUUUUAAAAGUAUAGGUUGGGCACAUUGUUUCGUAAGCAGUGACACCUGGAGACACCUCAGGAAUUUUAAAUCCUAACCUCACAUAUCGUAAAAAUGUAGAUAUAUGUAAACAAACCAAUUUUAUUUAAAACAAUACUCAAAAUGAUCAGCUUGAACAAAUCAUUUUUAUACGGCACAUUUUUCGCCUCCAUAACAUGGAUCAUAUCCUUAUAUUUGUACGCGCAACUAACUAAAACCGACACCAAUAUAAAUUUGCCUUCCGGUAUAAUAUUAAGAGCAAAUAAUCAUGUGAACAGUGAACAACUUGUAAACGACUUACAACCUGAUGUAUUAGAAAAUGAAUCGACAAAUGAUGAGGACCUGGUACAAUUGGGCAUGGUUAAGACUGUUGAAGAACAAAAAAUUAAAGAUGAUGGUUACAAAAUACAUGCCUAUAAUGUUUUAUUAAGCAAUAAACUAAAUUUGCACAGGAAUAUUCCUGACACGAGGAACAAACUAUGUGGUGAUAUUAAAUAUGAAUCUCCUCUACCUACAACCAGUAUUAUUAUAUGUUUUUAUAAUGAACACUACCAAACUUUACUCAGAACCAUUCACUCAAUUUUGGACAGAACUCCAGAAGAAGUACUUCAGGAAAUUAUAUUGGUAGAUGAUUUUAGUGAUCUCGAAGGCUUACAUCAAGAUGUAGCAAGCUACAUAAAGGAGAAUUCUUUAAACAAAGUUAAAUUGCUAAAACCUGAGAAAAGGGAAGGCUUGAUUAGAGCUAGAAUGAUUGGUGCCCAUGAAGCAGAAGGCGAUGUGUUGAUAUUUUUGGACAGUCAUAUAGAAGUGAAUGUUGGAUGGUGUGAACCUCUUCUUGCCAGAAUUAAAGAGAAUAACACUUUUGUAGCAAUGCCCAUAAUAGAUAUUAUUAAUCCUGACACCUUUGAGUACAGUUCAAGUCCCUUGGUUCGAGGUGGGUUUAAUUGGGGGUUGCAUUUUAAGUGGGACAAUUUACCCAAAGGAACCUUAGUCAACCCUGAAGACUUUAUUAAACCUAUCAAGUCUCCAACCAUGGCUGGGGGGUUGUUUGCCAUUGAUAGGAAGUAUUUUAAACAUUUGGGGGAGUAUGAUGCUGGAAUGAACAUUUGGGGUGGAGAAAACUUAGAAAUUUCAUUUAGGAUUUGGAUGUGUGGGGGCCAUUUGGAUUUAAUUCCUUGCAGCAGAGUGGGGCACAUCUUCCGCCACCGCCGUCCUUACGGUUCCCCUGAUGGUCAAGACACCAUGUUGUACAACUCCCUGCGGGUGGCCCACGUUUGGAUGGACGAUUACAAGGAUCACUUCCUCAAACACAACAAACUUCGACAGUCAACCGACUUCGGCGACGUCUCAUCCAGAAUCCAGCUGCGCAAAGAGCUGAAGUGCCAAGACUUCGACUGGUACAUAAAGCACGUGUACCCCGAACUCAUCCUCCCAACCGACGAUGAGGCACGCCUAAAGAAAAAGUGGGCCGCAGUGGAGUCCAAAGAUUAUCAGCCCUGGCAUUCCAGAAAACGAAACUACACAGGCCAGUUCCAAAUCCGACUGUCCAACUCCACACUCUGCAUUGAGAGUGUGCAAGGGUUCAAAACGAAAGGCAGCGAGUUGGUUUUGAAGAACUGCAUGCGAAGCAAAUCGCAGAUCUGGUACGAGACUGACAGGCACGAGCUAGUUCUGGCGCAGCUGUUGUGUCUCCAGGCGAAGCCGCGUCCCAUUUUGUACAAGUGCCACGAAAUGGGCGGCGAUCAAGAGUGGAAGCACAAAUCAGAGCACAAGACUCCUAUAUACAAUUUGGGAGCGGGUACAUGUUUGGGUGUUAAGAAGAAAGCUACUGAGGCAGCUGUUAUAAUGAGGCUAUGCACGGAUCCGGAUCUCAACAUGUGGGAUCUAAUUUCUCAAUAGUUACUCUUGAUGGUGCUAUUAUUGUAGCAAUAUAUUUUUAUAAGAAUUUCACAAUUUUAAUAUUUUUUAUUACAGAUUUCAAUUUGUUAUAUAGUUUAUUGUAUUACUAUUUAUUGUCUAUUUAUAUUCUAUUUAUUUACUGUAUUUUUUAUGACUACACAAAAUGAUGAUUUUAUGAACAAAGUCUUCCUAACAGAGUUUAUUAAUAAAAGAAAUGAAUAUAGUUAUUAAUUAUUGUAAAAUGAAUCUUAGUAAGGUGGAAGACUGAAACCAUUGGUGAAUUUUUAUAAUAAAUGUUUUGGGUUAUAA